AGUAAAGUCCAGAGUCCCACCGCAGGGAGCAGGAGAAGGUUUACCCGGAGCCAUGACUGAGGCUGAGUUAUACACGACAUACAAGGGCGUCUUUGUCCCUUCUGCUGUACACUCUUCACAGAGUCUGAAAUAUUACGAGGAGUUCACUUUCCGCCCAGAUGAUAUUCUCAUUGUAACAUAUCCCAAGUCAGGUACGACCUGGAUGCAGGAGAUCGUCCCUCUGAUCACAAGCGGAGGAGAUCCGGCCUCUGUGGAGACUCUUCAUUGCUGGGACCGUGUUCCCUUCCUGGAGGAGACCCGGGCGUCUCUCCUGAACCUCGAACAGAGGCCAUCACCGCGCAUGUUUACAACACACUUCCACUACAACAUGAUGCCGCCAUCUUUCUCUGAAGUAAAGCCUAAGGUGAUCUAUGUCAUGAGGAACCCCAAGGAUGUGUUCACGUCUUCCUUUCACUAUUAUGAGAUGGCGACCUUCCUUGUGAACCCAGGCCCUCAGAGCGAGUUCCUCCAGAAGUUCCUUGAUGGAAAAGUUAUCUUUGGCUCCUGGUUUGAUCAUGUAAAGGGUUGGCUGAAUGUCGAUGAGAAACAGCCCAUAAUGUACAUCUCCUAUGAGGAAAUGAUAAUGCAGGACCUGAAGGACGCUGUGACCAGAAUCGCUCAUUUCUUGGAGAAACCUUUGGAUGCUGAGGUGAUCGAGAAGAUAGCAGACCGAUGUUUGUUCAAGAACAUGAAGCAGAACGACAAGUCCAACUAUUCGGAAGUUCCUCGUGAAUUCAUGGACCAAACAAAGUCAGAGUUCCUCCGAAAAGGAGUAGCUGGAGACUGGAAAAACCAGCUUACACCAGAAGAGGUGGAGUACUUUGAUGUUGUUUACAAGGACAAAAUUAAAGAUGUCAAAUAUAAAUUUGUGUGGGAUUAACACAAGCUGAAAGAACGUAAACCCACUUGACCAAAAAACUGAAAAUAAAUUAUAAAGAUAAUCAAUCACAGAAGUAAAAUGAAUUUACAGAUUAUUUUCCUAUCAUUUUGGGUCAAAAGUACCACAUAUAAAGUUCACAUUUCCAUGUACUGCUCUGUAUGUGGCAUAAAAUUGAUUCUUAGCUGUUUCCAGAACAGUUUGUUAUAAAUGAAUGUACAGUAACAUGUUUUUUGUUUCACUGUCUUUGCUAUAUUAUUAAAUACAUCAGUAUUAUCGGAAUA